AUGGUGCAAAGGAAUUUCCUUAGCUUCUUAAUCAAAUGUAUCGUCUUCCUGCUGUUUUUCCUCCUGCUAUCCACUGAACUGUGCAAUGCAGCUAGAGAGCUUUCUAGUAGAGGGAACAGAAAAGGGAAAUGGCAACUUCUAUUGAAGAAUGCAGGUGUUGUAGCCAUGCAUAUGGCCUUGACACACUACGACACUGUUGUCAUACUUGAUCAGAUUGGCUCUCAGCAAUCUGGUUACCGCCUAAAACGAAGGCUGAAUGGGACAAAGUGUGACCACAGGUAUAGGGAUUCGGAGGACUGGUCCUGUUAUGCUCAUUCAGUGGAGUAUGACAUUAUGAGAAACAAGAUUAGGCCUCUACAUAUUAAUUCUGAUACUUGGUGCUCCUCUGGUUCCAUACUGAGUGAUGGAACCAUUAUUCAAACGGGUGGCUAUGGUGGUGGUUCGCAAAGAAUUCGUUACUUCAAGCCAUGUGAUCAUAAUGGCCGUUGUGAUUGGAAGCAGAAUAAGCAUUCUCUUUCAGAUAUGAGAUGGUAUGCUUCCAAUCUACUAUUGCCUGACAAGGAUAGAGUCAUUGUUGUUGGUGGAAGAAGGAUUUUUACCUACGAGUUUGUACCUAAAUUGUCAUCCAGGGAGAAGGCUUAUGAUCUGCCUUUCUUGCACAAGACAUACGAAAGAAGGAGAGAAGGGAAUAACCUCUAUCCCUUCCUUCAUCUUUCUUCUGAUGGCAAUUUGUUCAUCUUUGCAAACCGAGAUUCCAUUCUUUUCAACUACAAAAGAAGGAAAGUUGUGAAGACAUUUCCCAGGAUUCCAAAGGAUGGAGGAAGGAGCUAUCCUAGCACUGGCUCAUCUGUUAUUCUUCCUUUAGACCAUGAAAAUGGCUUUCAAAAAGUUGAAGUCAUGAUAUGCGGAGGUGCUGCUCCAGGGGCAUAUGGGGCCGCCAAUGAAGGGAAAUUCUUGAAGGGCUUAAGCUCUUGUGGCAGAAUGGUGAUCACAGGUAACAGGCACAAGUGGAAGAUGGAGAACAUGCCUGGACCACGAGUAAUGGGUGAUAUGUUGAUUCUCCCCACUGGCCAUAUACUGAUCAUAAACGGUGCAAAACGAGGCUGUGCUGGAUGGGAAAAUGCAGCCUCCCCUGCUCUAGAGCCAUAUCUCUACAAGCCCAAAAAAAGACAAGGAAGAAGGUUCACAGUCCUAAAAGCCGCCAAAAUUCCCAGAAUGUACCAUUCAUCAGCUAUUCUUCUCCCUGAUGGGAGAGUUCUUGUAGCAGGAAGUAAUCCUAACAGGAGGUAUGAAUUCAAGAAUGUGAAAUAUCCCACUGAGCUAAGGCUACAAGCUUUUGUCCCUGAUCAUAUGGACCAAAAAUUCGAUCACAGAAGGGCACAUAACCUGUCAAUCUCCACCAGUAAUGGGGAGGAAAAUAUUGGCUAUGGAAGAGAGUUUGGAGUUCAUUUUUGGCUAAGAGGGAAAAUCAGCAGCAACGAUGUGAUAUUCAGUGUCUAUGCAGUUCCCUUUACAACUCAUUCCCUUUCCAUGAAUCAGAGGAUGCUAAGACUUAAAUGCAAGAAAAUGGUCAAGGAUGAAAAUGGACUGGUGAAUGCAAUUGUUGAAGCUCCUCCAUCUGCUAAUGUUGCACCUGCUGGCUAUUAUCUGCUCACAGUUGUGAAUGGAGGGAUACCUAGCAAAUCUGAGUGGAUCAGGUUCACACACAAAUGACACAAUUGAACUUGGAUUCAAGAGUUGUCUGUUUUUUUCCUUGGUUUUAUGUACUUUUCCUUGUUUCUGGUUGAUGAUAAGAAAUAAAUAAGACAUGGUAAUAUACUAAUAUUAAGUAUUCUGAUGUAGAAGCAUAUGAUUUAUUUCUU